ACCCAAAAAGGUUGACUACUGUCUAUACUGUGGUCCCUACGCGCAUUCCUUGUUGGAACUGACCGGGGGCUCCAGAGUAGUGUUUUUUGUUAAUUACUACAGCAAAAUGCUCGAAAAUAUGCUGUCUGAAGUAACAAACAGUGGAAGUGGAAACUGUGAUCCGGCGUCUAUAACAGGGUUUCGUUCGCGCAAAAAUGGCUUCAAGGUUAACGCGAAGGGGGUCAUACCUACUAAAGGUUCCUCAAAGAACUGUAAAGAUAUCCACUAUGUCAAGGCUAAUGAUAACUGCAAUCAGCCACUAAUCACGCCAGCGAAAAAACUUUCAGAGAUUGCUGCGGAACACAUACGCAAGACAUCCUUCGAGGAAGUACCUCUUCACACUGCCUGUCUCACAUAUUUAGGCUUCUAUUUGCUUAUGAUUCUUGGUUAUAUAAACCAGUUGCUCUUUGUGCCAAAGGUCGCUAAGGAGGAGAAUCGUGAUGGCUAUGUAACACUCUAUGAUGCCUUUGAGAGUUUCUACUCGCGCUAUGUGUAUCGACGUGUGCGUGAUUGUUGGAAUCGCCCGAUAUGCAGUGUGCCCGCUGCGGAGGUUACUCUCAAAGACCGUGUGACUAACGACUACGGCUGGAGCUUUCAAUUUACUGGAACUGAGACGCUUUGCUUGAAUUUGGGAUCUUAUAAUUAUUUGGGGUUCGCUGAUGCCCAAGGUCCUUGUGCACAGGAUUCCGAAAAUACAGCCCAGGAAAUGGGUUUGGCAAUGACUUCGUCACGAGUUGAGUUAGGCACAACACAACUGCACUUGGACUUGGAGUGUUUGACUGCACGCUAUUUAGGUGUAGAAGAUGCAAUUGUAUUUGGGAUGGGAUUUGCCACGAACGCGCUUAAUUUGCCUUCCCUGAUUUCACCAGGUUGCCUUGUGUUAAGCGAUGAAAAGAACCAUGCCUCGAUCAUUUUGGGUCUACGGCUAUCGGGAGCCACAACGAAGGUGUUUAAGCACAACAAUAUGAGCGAUUUGGAGCGGCUGCUUCGAUAUAAUGUGGUCCAUGGCAAUCCGAAAGAGAGAGGCAAACCCUGGAAGAAGAUAAUGAUUUUGGUGGAAGGUGUGUUCAGUAUGGAGGGCUCCGUCGUGCGUUUGCCAGAGAUUAUUGCUCUUAAAAAGAAAUACAAAGCUUACUUGUAUUUAGAUGAAGCACACAGUAUUGGCGCCAUGGGCCCGAAUGGAGGUGGUGCUGUUGAUUACUUUGGCGUGGAUCCUAAGGAUGUAGAUAUACUGAUGGGCACUUUCACGAAGAGUUUCGGUAGCGCUGGAGGCUAUUUAGCCGGUUCGAAGCAACUAAUUGACUUUUUGCGCACAAACAGUCAUGCACAUUGUUAUGCCAGUAGCAUGUCACCUCCCAUUGCUCAGCAGAUUUACACUUCGAUGAGCAUUAUAAUGGGACAGGAUGGCACCGAUACUGGUCGUAGGAAGAUCAAUCAGUUGGCGCGGAAUACACGCUAUUUCCGUCGCCGUUUGGCACAAAUGGGUGUUAUCACUUAUGGGCACGAGGAUUCGCCUGUGGUACCCAUGUUGGUGUACUUGUUUUCGAAAAUAGGUGCCGUUGUGCGCACAUUGACAACACGCCAUAUCGCCGUUGUUGGUGUCGGGUUUCCAGCAACACCAAUAAUGGAGGGGCGUAUACGCUACUGCCUUUCAGCAGCACACACCAAAGAACAAUUAGACUAUGCACUUGAAGUCAUCGAUGAGAUAAGUGACACGCUAGGCCUAAAAUACUCGCGAAAACCACGCGAACCUAACCCCAUUGAGUAUUGAAGAAACAAAAUCACCGCGUAUAUAACCCGCAAGCAAAGAUAUUAUUCAGUCCUGGUGAAAAAAGCGCACGAGUAACUGCAUACAAAUUAUGUGUAUAAAGUAAUUUAGUAAAUGGUUGUAAUAAGAUUAACCCAUUAUGAGCUCGGUGAGAAUUAGGAGAUGAAGUUUAAGUAGUUAUUUUGGUGGCUUUUGUAUUCCUUAGUCUAUAUUUACAAUUUACCUAAACAUUUUCAACAUGAAAUCUAUGUAAGCACUUUGGUAAUCUAAAUAGGAAACAAUUUAACAGUUUUAAAGUUAAUUGCGAAAGAUAACUUUUGAACAAUAGUUGCACAAAUAUGUAUGAAUAUUAUUCGUAUGCACUGCCAAGGCGGUUCAAAAUUGAAGCAAAGGCGUUGGAUAUAUUUAUCGCUGUAUGAUAUUGUGCGAGGAUUUUUGUCACUAAAUUCAUCUAUACUAUUUGUUACUUAAACUUACUACGGUGAUUUUUAACGAAAUUUAAUGAAUAGAGAUAUAAUAUCAAAUUUUCUUUCUAACCCUUGAAUAAUUUGAAAAUAAAAAUUAAAAUCUUA